AUGUGCAACCUUGACGAUACCUACUACUCCAUCUGCACUCACUUCGGGCCACGGAUCGUCACCAGUCACUGUGCACGGGGCCUGACUCACAAUGGCUGUGCCACAACUGGGUGCUGGGACAGCGAUGUCACCGGUAUCUCACGAAUCACCUCCCUAUGUCCGAGCUGCAAGAUCAGGACGCGGAGCGAAUCCAGUCACUCCAGGCAUCUUCAGUCGGAGAGUGGACAGAUCGACAACGAUGACAUCGGAGUAAGAAGCGAGGCUAGCAAAGGGCAUGGCAAAGACAGAGGGAUCUGGUUGAGGAGGCUUGGCACGAUUCGGGAUCGCGCAGAAGACAGCUGGGUCCGGUGGCUUACAAUGCAUUUUGCGAAGUGA